UAUCACAAUAUGCUAAUAUUUUGAAAAGGACUUGUAUAUUUAAUCUCAUCAUUUAAGUCCAAAAGUUUGAUAUAUGUUUAUAUAUCCUUAUGUUGCACCGAAUGACGAGCUCAUUAUUUGUUGUCCAGACAUUCGAGGCUCAAGAUCAGCACUCCACUAGACUCAGCAGGGUCGUUUUAAACUCGGAUAUCAAUAUUAGCAACCACAGAAAGUCUGUUAGUAAAUCUGCUUACUAUCGUCUUAAAAACCUUGAUAGAAUAAAAGGUUUCCUGUUAGAUAGGAAACAAAAUCUGAUGCUUAUCUCUUUUUUCAGUAGAUCUGAUUACGACAACAGUGUCAUUACUGGUGUCUGUAGAAAAUAUAUCAGGCAGCUGCAGGUCAUCUGAAAUACUGCUGCCAGAGUCCUGACCAGCACCUGAAAAAUGGAUCCUAUCACACCAGUUCUUAAAUCCCGGCACUGGCUCCAUUCUUGUCAAAUAACAGAUUUGAAAAUUCUGCUGUUGGUCUCUGAAGCGCUAAAUGGUUUUGGGCCGAAAUUCAUUUCUGCGUUGCUUGUCAAAUAUAAGCCAUGCAGACCCCUCAGGUCUUCAGUGACUUUCUUACUCACUUCUUAAUCACUCUUCGUGAUUGAAAACCUUCCAAUGUGACAGAAAUAAGGCAAUUUUUCAAUUAAACAAGAUGAGGCUGCAAUUAGUUUUUAUUCUGAUGAGCUCUGGAACAAACUCCCUGAAAACCUGAGAUGGGUGGAAAUGGUUUUUCCUUUAAAUAAAGAAAUUAAAAUAUUAUUUUUUUCAGCAGUCAAAUAGAGUAACAAACUAUUUGAAGCAUUUAUUUCUUUUAUGCAAUGCUUUUAAAGCCUUAGCUUUAUUGUUUUCUUCUUUUCUUUCCUUUAAAGUCAUGUAAAUACUUUAGGUUGCCUUGUGCAUUAAUGGUGCUCUCUAAAUAAGCUUGCUUGCCUUGGACUUAAUUUGCCCAAUUCAUACCCAAUCAUUUCUAUUUCAUCUUUUCUUACUUCAUUUUCUUAUCAGUAAACAACUCAAUUGUAUAUCCUGUGGUUAGUUUGUCAGUCUACUAUAAGAAAUAUGGAUUUAUGAAAAACAUCUACCAGCAGAAGGUCAAUUAAAAGUUAUAUUGAUUUAUUCAAGGGGGCCAUAAUCUGGCAUAUUUCAUUGGAGUCAUCUGGAAAAACUGGGAUCAGAAUCAAAAUAAAUGAGAAAACAAAGUUUUUAGGAAUGAGUAAAUCCUAACAUUAAACUAUAAAUGAGAUUUGAGCAUUUUUCUGAAUAUUUAUUUUAAGAACAUCAGAAAACAUUAAAUACAAUUAAGGAAAAAGCAUACACCGUGGUUUAAGUACCAGGGUAUGAGUUGGCUUGUUUACAGGCAUGAAACGGGAUUCAAAGUAUUGAAAAAGCCAACUAAGUCUAAAACGUUAAAGAAACUUAAAGCACAAAACAAAACCACAAAAUGAACAUCUCAGGGAUCAUGACAGAGAGCUUUAUAAAAUAAGGACAUCAUUGGAAAAAAACUGGAUGUUAGUAAAUAGAAACUAGUUGAUGACAGUUUUCUAGUGCUUUUAGAUGCUUUGUCGUUAUUUUAACUAAAAAUGCAUUACUUUACAGUCGGCAUCCACUGUCCAGGUAAACAGAACUAUGUUGCUGUUGCAUUUGGGCAUCUUUGCUGGCCUUCAGCUGUCCUUCCCUCAGUGCACGAUAGGUGUGUGCACUGAGGGGACAGCCAAACAGUGCCAGGAAGCAGAUUUCGUUCCAGGCUCCAAUCUAGCAGGUGAGGGCUUUGAUAUUACCAAAAUGGAGCUUAAAGGCGCCUUCGUUCUCAACAUGGAUCGGUGGAAACACAAGAAUAAAAAAUGCACCCUGUGUGUUAACCCCUACAUGAUGAACAAAAGGCAAAAGCUGCCCCUGUCCGUGGUGGACUGGAGGGCAAAGCAAUCCUGCAGCUCAAAGGUGUCAUCCAACCUGCACAAAUCCAGCGAGGCUCUGGUCACCUCCACUUCUUCUUCUGUUGAAAACAACUGGAAAGCAAGCUUAGAAUUUCAAACGGUGAAAACAGGCGCCUCGCUGAUGUUGGCUGGAACCAACUCUAAAGUGGCUGAUUACUCCAUGAAGAAAACAAAGAAUGACAAAUUCAGCUUCGCAAGCCUCUGCAUGUCCUGUGAGUACUACAGCUACCGAGUGUCCAGCUCAGCCAAGUUGCACAAGGAAUUCAGCAGAGCAGUGAAACAGCUUCCUCCAGUGUACAGCCAAGAAAGCAAGGAACAGUUUUACACACUCAUUGACACCUUCGGCACCCAUUACAUCAGCAAGGUGAAGGUAGGCGGAAAGAUUCAGUCUGUCACCAGCAUCCGUCAGUGUCAGGCCAGCCUGCAGGGGCUCAGUGCAGAGGAGGUACAGAUGUGCCUGGAGGUCGAGGCAUCUGCAAGCUUCAGGGUCACAGUAAAAAGUGAAUCAAAACACUGCAAGAAGGACAUACAGAAGUCAGAGAGCAAAUCAGCAUUCUCCGACCUCUUCAAUGACAGGUUCACAGAAAUCAAAGGGGGCCAUUCCACAGACCCAGACCUUCUCUUCUCUGCUGAUAAAAACCCAUCGGCUUACAAGGAAUGGCUCAACACGAUUCCCCAGAAUCCUGACAUUAUCUCAUAUUCUGUGGGCUCUCUGCAUGAGUUACUGCCUGCUAAUACAACAACAUGGUUUAAUCUGCGCUCGGCCAUCAGCCAUUACAUCCUGGAAAAGGGCCUGGUAAUAAACUGCACCGAGCGUUGUAGAAAAGAUUCGAGGGAUCACUGCGUCUGCCAGUGCCACAAUGACCCGGCUGUAAAUUCAGACUGCUGCCCAACCCGUAAGGGCAUGGCCCGGAUCAUUUUAACAGUACAGAGGGCCACUGGUCUGCGGGGAGACUACUUCACUUCCACAGAUGGCUUUGUGAAAGUCUUCCACCACAAAGUUGAGUUCCGCCGUUCACCUGUCAUCAACAACAACAACAACCCACACUGGGGCAUGGUGGUUGAUCUGGGUUCGCAGGACCUGUCUACUGCAAGCAAACUGAGAAUUGAAGUCUGGGACCAGGAUAACGGCUGGGAUGAUGACCUGUUGGGAGCAUGCGAGCCGGUUCUUGCAAACGGCAUCAAGGAGGAUGUCUGUAAUCUGAACCACGGCCGACUUUACUUCAAAUGGGAAGUGAAAUGUGCUCCGAGUCUGAGUGGUAAUUUGUGCACAGAAUAUGUACAGACGCCCAUGAAUCCAAGGCUAAAGAAGCUUUACGUGUCCCGUCAUGCCCAUCCUAUUCCUAAGCCCAUGCUGCUUGAGAUGGGGGUGUUUGUGAACAAAUCUGCGUCUGCUAAAUUAGCCGUUUGGAGGAACCAGACUCUUACUGCAAAAAUGCAAACAUAUGAUUUUAAAUAAGGAAAAUGUUCAAAGCUAAAGCUACUUAUCAACAUCUGUCUACUGAAAAUAAGUAAAAGAGCAAAAGAUUCAUUAACUGGCGCAGCAGCAUUUGCACCUUCUGCAGGCAUGUGAUUAAAAACCUGCUGACACCAAAAUAAAGGGCGUUGCAGUAAUCUAGUAAUGUGGUCACAAAGACAUGGAUCACUGUCUCCAAGUGCUUCUCCGUUAAAAGUAGUUUUCAUCAUCCAUCUCCCAUCCUCUUAUUUGGGUCCCUAACAUGAUCAUAGCAUAACAAAAUACUGUUGUAUUCAUAUAAUAGACAUUCAUAAUUUGAUUUUAUGUAACAGUCCUAUUUUAAAUGCGUAAUGCUUAAAAUUCUCUGCUACUUUUGUUUGAGCAGGCAUCACACCUUAUGAUGACCUUUCCUCCAGUGGCUACAGACUCUCUUAUACAGUGCAGUGAAAAGGUAUUCAGCUCCUAACACAAGCAUGUUUCAGAUUAUUUUUUAUAUCAGUAAAAAAUAUAAUGUAAGUAAAUACAAAAUCUUGUUUUCAAGUAAUGACCUCGUUUAUUAAGAGGAGAAAGCUAUUCAAACUAACGUGGCACAACGUGAAAAGCAAUCUCCAAUCUUGUUAAAUCAUGAAAUAACCAAGAUUAACCACAUUUGUUUGAAUAAUUAAUUUUAGUUUUGCUAGCCAGACCUAGGCCUGAUUAUUUCCUGACCUCACUUAGAGAACAUUUAAACAGAGGCAGUCUGACAACAGGAAGUAGGGUCAAAAGAUCUAAAGAACAACACAUCACGCCUCAAUCUGAAGAAAUUCAAGAACACAUUUGAAAUAUAAAGAAUGUCACUGACAUAUAUCAGUCUGGGAAGGGUUAAGGAGACAUCUCUAAGGCUUUGGGACUACACAGUGGUGAACCUUCCUUAGAGUGGCCAACCUACCAAAUACCAAAAAAAGUGCAUUGAUGGCUCAUCCAGGAGGUCACAGAAGAAGACACAACAUCUAAAGUUCUGCAGGACCCGCGUGCCUCAGUUAAGCUCAGUAAUGAUGAUCCCCAAGACUUUCAGAAAAAUAUUUAGUGGACGGAUAAGGUGGACUUUCCUUUUUCAUCUGAUGUAAAAGUAUCACAGAAUUUUGGAAAAAGACAUCAUACCAAUAGUCAAACAUAAUGGUGGCAGUGUGGUGGUCUGGGGCUGCUUUAUAUCUUCAGGACCUGGGUUGAAUUACAAUAGCCUCUUUCACUAAACAUUUAAUAAACCCACAAAAAAUGUGCACCUCUGAAUUCCUUCUGAUCAUUCAUAAAUCACAAGUAAAGUUGGCAAUUGCUUUGUAAGUCAGGGAUGUAACCAGGACAGGCUUAUUUCUGCCCCCUCUCACUGCAUUGGCCCCUUCACAAAACACAGAGAUAUGGCAAGAAGGCACUUUAAUCCCAUCUGGAAGUGUUUUGUGAAGUGGCCCGAUGAAUUCUGCUCUGUACCAGAAAAUCCUAAAGGAGAAUACCCCACCAUCAUUUUGUGACCUUGAGUGAAUUUGGGAAAAUCAGCAGGAUAAUGAUCUGAAACACAACAGCAAGUCUAUCUCUGAAUGGCAGUAAGAAGAAAAUUUUGGACUUUAAAAUCCGGCUCAGAUGCUGUAGCGUGACUCUUCGUGAUUGAAAACCCUCCAAUGUGACAGAAAUAAGGCAAUUUAAAAAAAAGGAGUCCACAGUGGUGUAUCUUUGUCUGAUGUUAAUGUUUGUUUCAUGAUCGGAAACAUUAAAAUGUAACAAAAAGGGGAAGUUAGUCCCCAAACCAACUAACUGCUCUGUCAACUAAAGCAUUUUUAUAUUUAAUUUUAAAACUUGAUAAAAAUGGUGUGUAAAUGUGACUUUGACACUUUUCACAAUAAAGAUGGUGUUGAUCUUAACUUAGGAAAUGGCUGCAAGGAAAUAGCUUCUAACCUCGACAAGUUAGAGCAAUAAUUAAAAUUUUUUAAUCUGAUCGUGUUUUACUGUAGCUUCUUUGGUUUUUUUGUUGUAAUGUCGCUUCUUGGAGGAAAUGUUCAUAUUAUUUUGUAACUAUAAUGGCUUGAUUUCUAUAAAA